AUGAACCCUCCCCAGUCGCAUGACCACUCCCGCCGGCGGUCCUGGGGCAGUGGUGGCAGUUCCGCCUUUUCUGGCCAACAAGAUCAGUCCUCCGCUCCCUCGUCGGGAUCACGUCGGAUGCCUCCUCCGUCUCCACCGCAACAUUACCCGUCGCGCGGUCAAUCGGGAAAUCCCUCCUCUCUCUCCACCCCAUUCUUGUCGCGCUCGUCCAUUAUCUCGCGUCUUCCUGUUUCCUCCGGUCCCUUCGGUAGUGCGCCGCCCCCGCCGCCAUCGGCUCCCGGUGCCAUGUCCCCUCCCACUGCUCCCGCACGGCCGUCGCCCCUCGAACACCCCCUAUUUCGUCGAUCGCAGACCCCCGAGAAGCCUUUUUCGCGAAGUGCCCAACCUGGCGGAGGCAGAGCCUAUCGAUCGAGCUCGGGAGGUGGACCACCUGCAACGACGGCAGCCGAACAGCCCAAGUAUGGCGGGUUAUCUCGGCUGUCGUCCGCGUCGCAGUAUUCGAGUAAACCUAGUUCCACGCAUCAGUCGCCUCAGGUCUCCCCCGCGGAACCACCAUAUGGCAGUAAUGAUUCGCGUCGCUUGAGCUUCAACGGACCGCCUCGGCCGAACAGUCAACCACAGCACCUCGAACCUCCACCGCGACCCGCCGGAUAUACCCCCCUCUCGCGACCAGCUGCAGCACCAGGAGAGAGCUCGUUCGGUGCACCGCAACAUCGUCCGCCGUCUUAUUUGAGCCAUGAAUCUCCGUAUGGUCGGUUUGGAGGCCUGUAUGGCGACCGCCAGGCCGAGGAACAGGCUCGUCGAGACAGGGAACGAGGUAUGUCACACCAGCCAGAAACCAACAAGCCCAGCGCCCCGCCGUCAAGGUUUGGCUCACUAUACGGGGACCGCGACACAACAACAGCAACAACAACCGGUCGCCCACAAGGUUCGUCGUCGAGUUGGGACAUGGGUCGCUCCCAGCCAGCCUCACCAGAAUCGAAGCGGUCCUCAGCGCCGGAGGUGAGCAGUUCCAGCUUCGGAUUUGGUGCGAUCCAAAACUACACGAAGUCUCUUGGUUCACAGCCGGGAGGUACUCGUCAGAAUACACUUUCUACCCAGACGCAGCAGGGCCAGAGGACUUCGUCGCCGCGCGAACAACCGUCUUACCUGAGCAAGCGACUUAGCGAAUCCCGCCUUUAUGGUGGAGCCUCCUCUGGUCCCUCAUCGUCGUCGUUCUUGAACCCUUCGCCCUCAGAUGAUCAGCCGCGUAAAGGCAGUGAUGAGUUGCUACAGCACCGUAGCCUUCUUGGCGUUGGUUUGGAUGCGAAGCGGGGCGGCCGGGCUUCGCCACUGCCUCAGGCUGUUCAAGGUGCGCAGGCUCAAAUCCUUGGUCCGGCUGGCGACUCGGGGUUGAAGAGUGAACUGGGUAGGGUCUUUGCGGGUAUUGGGAGUGGUGUUGGUGGUGUCACCGCGACAAGCACUGGCAGCGGGCCUUCGACCCCAAUGACCUCAAGCCCUUUCAAGCGGGAUAGUCUUACUGCUCGAUCUACGAAUACCGAAACUACGGACGAGAGCAGGAUUGCUCGACCAUCCUCUGCGACCGGGAAACGGACCAAGAGAUCGGAAGAAGAGAACCGUGGAGAGAAUGAGAAUGGUCUUGAUAGUCGACUGGGAGCCUCUACGCGUGGUGGACGACGAAGUCGUCCUCCUCACCACCACCAUCAUCAUCACCAUCACCAUCAUCACAAACCUGAAGAGGAGCAGUCUCCGUUUGGCAACUCCCAUCGUCCGUUGUCUAUGAACAUGUUCCAUCGACCAAGUGAUGGGCCUACUCCAGAAGCUCUUCAUCACCAUCAUCACCACCACCACCAUCAUCACCAUAUCCCUCGCACCGCUAGCUCGGCGGCCACUGUUGUCCCUAUGCGCGAACCCCGUACUGUUGUUACAAUUGAACCUGUGCUUUCUAGCGUUGCUCAACUCCCACGCCACCAUCUCGGCUCCACUCUGUACGCUCCAAGAAUUGGAGCUCCGACAGCAAAGGCGACCCUGGAGAGUGCCAAAUUCGGAUACACCACCACCCCACUGCCUCUGCCUCGCUUCGAUGGCAAGGAGAACUGCACAUUUACCAUCCGUGUUCCUCGCUUCCGGAUCGAUACUAGCCAUCGCGAAGAGAUCUGUGCCCGCCGCGCCCUCUGGGGCACUGGAAUCUACACCGACGAUUCGGACCCAGUUGCCGCUGCAAUCCACUCUGGCUUUAUUCGAGGUGCUUGGGGAGACGACGUCGAUGUUGACAUGCUUGAUCUGGAGAUCAAGGAAGCCUUCCAACACGCGCCUAAGACAGCCAAGGAUAUGGGUAUCGAGGAGGGCGAGCGACCCAAAAUCCCUCCAGCACCACCGUCUGACAAGGACCUACACAUUACGCUGCUUAUCUUGCCCAAACUGGAGCGAUACGAGUCUAGCGUGCUCUUCGGCCUCAGGUCGCGGCCCUGGGAACAGAACCACGAUGGUAUGAGCUUCAAAGUCCUUCGGAUCGAGUGGGUUGACGAAGGCGUCGGUCGCGCAGAAGAGCGCAGCGGCGAGGCUCGGCGCAAGCGACUGCGCAACCUUAUCCAGACUGGACGUAUCUGUACAGGUCCUGGUGUGAUCAAGCUGGAUCAGCUGCGCAGUGGCAUCGUGCAUGUUCCGCGGCGCAAGACCAAGGCGAUUGAAAGCCAAGAGCAGCCCGCCUCCGCGAUGCAGACUGUGUCGUGA